AUGAGGAUCGACCCGCCUAAAUCACAUCCUAGACUCGUGGAACUACUCAAACGCAACAUCAAACACGGACACAGCGAAUCUUCUCCACUUUUCUUUCUGCCACCCAAACUCAUAGGCGGCGAUGGGUUACUCUACGGUCCCCAUCGCCUCCUCAUGAGAUUCAAAUUCUACUCGUCCUCCUCCUCAUCUUUCUCUCUCUUCAAGCAACCCAACCCGAAGCCUUCCGUCUCACCUCUCAACGCAUUCAUGGCCACCUCUUCCGUUGCUCAAACCCUAAAUCUUUCUUCUCCCCCCUCGCAAAACCUUGACGGCGAGGAUGACCUUCUCUGCUCCGAAAGCACCCAAUUAUCAGAGCAACCAGAUGAUUAUGAACAACAACGGUUGUCUAUUUUGCACAGUCCGAGUGGGUACUUAAGCGAAGAUUCACGGAUCGAGGGAGCCUGGGCUCACUGGAAGAAGCUUGGCCAGCCCAAGCUGAUUGUUGCUCCAAUGGUCGACAACUCGGAGCUUCCUUUCCGAUUGCUAUGUCGCAAGUACGGUGCCGAAGCUGCUUAUACGCCCAUGCUUCACUCUCGUAUUUUCACCGAGAAUGAGAAGUAUCGGUCUCUAGAAUUCACCACCUGCAAGGAGGAUCGCCCACUUUUUGUCCAAUUCUGUGCAAAUGAUCCAGAUACUUUAUUGGAAGCAGCUCGGAGAGUAGAACCUUAUUGUGAUUAUGUGGACAUUAAUUUGGGGUGUCCUCAGCGUAUUGCCAGAAGGGGGAACUAUGGAGCUUUCCUUAUGGAUAAACUUCCACUUGUUAGGAAUUUGGUAGAAAAAUUGGCUCUGAAUCUUAAUGUUCCUGUGUCAUGCAAAAUCCGAGUGUUCCCAGACUUGCAAGAUACAAUUAAUUAUGCCAGAAUGUUGGAGGAUGCUGGUUGCUCUCUUUUGGCAGUGCAUGGCCGAACAAGAGAUGAAAAAGAUGGAAAGAAAUUCCGGGCCAGCUGGAAUACCAUCAAGGCUGUUAAAAAUGCUGUCAGAAUCCCAGUCCUUGCCAAUGGAAAUAUACGACACAUGGAUGAUGUCCAGAACUGUUUGGAGGAGACUGGUGUUGAUGGGGUACUUUCAGCAGAGUCUCUUCUUGAGAAUCCAGCUCUCUUUGCUGGAUUUCGGACUGCUGAAUGGGGUUUGGGCAGUGGUGAAUACAUGGAAGAUGGAAAACUAGACCAGGCUGACUUAUUGGUAGAGUAUUUGAGGCUUUGUGAGAAAUAUCCUGUCCCCUGGAGAAUGAUCCGUGCUCAUGUGCACAAGAUGUUAGGAGACUGGUUCAGGAUCCAUCCACAAGUAAGGGAGGAUCUUAAUGCACAAUCCAAACUAAGCUUUGAAUUUCUCUAUGAUAUGGUUGGGCGACUAAGGGAGCUUGGUUUGAGGAUUCCUCUUUAUGUGGAGAGCACUCAGGUAGGGAGAAUGUCUGCAAAUGGAAUUGUUACAUGAAUUUUGUAGUACACUGUGUGUGAGGAACAGCUGCAAGAGCCUGCAGUGGGGAUCUGUGGCAACUUGGAGCCCGUGAUCCCAAAAGCAUGUUCAAGUGAAUCCAUGAUUUUUGGCUUGUCAUUCUUUUGGUACAAGAAACAUUUUAUUGUCAGCUCUUGAUACCUAACUAAUUUAACAGAGACAGUAGAGGUGUAUCAUGUAUGGGGUAAACAGCAGGUAACCCAUAUUUCUUAGCACUUUUCAUUUGAUAAGAUUUUUGGUGCUCUUCUCACCCUUGUAGCCUAUGUUCAGAUUGUUAACUCCAACAUUUCCUGAACCAACCCAUUGUUUGCUAUGAGCAGGUAAGUCAUAUUUUGUUGUAAUUCUAUAUAUCUGAAAUAAUGAAGCGUAUUCCAAUUGUGUUUAGUUCUGUAUUUUGGUUGCUAAGUGAUCGCUUUCAUUCAAUU